ACCACACACGACACAAAACGCACAGCACGGAUUCAAUGCGGAAUUUUAGUUCAGAGCGACAUAGUCACUUGGUAUAUAUUCAAGUACAUAUACAAUUGGAGGGCUAUUACUCUACUCAGUGUUGUGUGAUAUAAGAGGGAACGUACAUUUCCGUCUGUGCGUGUUUCCAUCCGCAGGUAGCCGACUUUUAGACCAAUGUCACAAUCAAAUAUUCAGGCUGAACAGCUAACAGAAGAGCAGAUCGCUGAAUUCAAAGAGGCGUUCAGCCUGUUUGACAAAGAUGGCGACGGUACCAUAACAACCAAAGAGUUGGGGACAGUGAUGAGGUCACUAGGACAGAACCCGACAGAAGCUGAGUUACAGGACAUGAUCAACGAGGUGGACGCUGACGGAAACGGAACUAUUGAUUUCCCAGAAUUCCUCACAAUGAUGGCAAAGAAAAUGAAAGAUAACGAUUCUGAAGAAGAGUUACGAGAAGCGUUUAAAGUAUUCGACAAGGACGGAAAUGGAUUUAUCAGUGCAGCCGAACUUAGACAUGUGAUGACAAAUUUAGGAGAAAAAUUAACAGACGAAGAAGUGGACGAAAUGAUUCGAGAAGCCGAUACGGACGGUGACGGUCAAGUAAAUUAUGAAGAAUUCGUCAAUAUGAUGUCAAAUAAGUAAAAGUGAAUCUGACAUUUCCAUAUUUCACCCGUUUUUCUAUUCCAUGUUGGAGGUAGUAAGGAUUAUGUUGUUUAUUUGGUUCCGUCCUCGAGACUAGGGUGUGCGUUGUGGGCGUGUCCCAUACAUCUGAAAGACGAUGAAUACUGUUUGUAUUAUAACCCAGACAAAGCUGGACAUGGAAUAUAGUAUGUCUGGAGUUUGGAUUGUUCAACCGGAACCUGGACAUAGUGUCUUUCAUACCUAGAAUUCGCAUUUGGAUGUUUUAUAUCUGUUGUAUUAUUUAUACGGAGUCUGGACAUGAUGUACGUCAUAUCCGGUUUGUUCUUAAUAUUACUGUACAGUGUAGACUAUUACCGGAAUUUGCCGAUCAUGGUAUAUUGUCCGUUAUUCCUAACCGGAGUUUAUAGAUACUGCCGGGGAUCUGGAAAGCAUGUACAGCGUGCCCAUGAUUUGGAUGUCGUAAAUGAAUGAACCUACCGGAUAUUUUGAAUUCUACUUUACAACCGGAAGUUGGAUGAUGAAAACUUGUUUUGGAUUUAAGUUGAGAAAUUUGGACAGAUAAUGUUAAUACACACAUCUAGGACAGUUGAAGACGUCCCGAUUCUGACAAAAGCUCACAAUUUUUUCUUCAUGUUAUUCCAAGUUUAUACAAAUAAUUAAAUAAAAAAUACUUACCACAGUCAACCUCAUUUUCCGCCAUCUUGAGUGCCGUAAACGAGAAUUUGAGUCACGUGACGACACGUCAAUUUUGCCCUAUUCAAUUAGUGGAGGGAUUCACAACUAUUUAAGAAAAGAAUUAGCUUUAAAGUUGCAUUCAAACUGACUUUAAGUCGCAAUUUUAGUCUCUGCAUAAUAAAGGGAUGUCGGCCCUCUUUGUGAUCAAUGUUGUUGAUUCUUUAUAGAAUACAUUUCUCUUUUUACAUUUUAUAAACUUUUGUGCUCAUUCUAAAUGUUAAUGCAUAAGGUUCCAGGUCGGAUUUGCUCAUUGCGUUUUGUACAGGCAUAGUUCAAACCAAACUGUUUGGUGAUGGUUUCCAUGAAAUUAAAGUGUAAAACGAU